AAAAAUAUGUCGAUGGUGUCUGACGGAAGGAGAUGCUUUGGAGGCUCUAACGCCCGACGGAUCCGGACAAUAUAAAGUACAAAAAAUCUUCGAUUUUACCGAUCUGCAGAUUGAAUUGUCUCCUGAAGUUCCAUCAUAUUUGUGCACGACGUGCGAAUCGCGCUUGGAAAACAUGGAUACAUUUCGUUGGCGAUGCAAUGAGAACAAUGAUAAGGUCGAUAGAUUUAUCAAACAGCAGAACACAGCGACGGACGUAUCAGAAAUCGCUCAAGACCAUCUUGACCGCUCUGCCGAACAAACAGUUGGCGCAGAAAUGGUAAUUAAAACCGAAGUUACCUCACCGGGUGCAGCGAAGGAUUUGCAUUUGACUCAGAAGAACUGUACAGCUGGGGACGAACCCUUCGAAGCAGAAGAAAAUCCAACCAAAUUAGAGUAUGUAGAUGUCGAUGAGCUGUAUCGGCUGCAAACGAAUGCGAUAUUGGAUCAUGAACAGGACGACCUGCAAACAAAUCCUUUAGAAUUGGUCUGUCAAGAUCGAGAAGAUCACUCUAUGAAUAACAUGUGUGCAGAUGCCACAGAAUUGUUAAUCAAAACUGAAGAUACCUCACCGGAUACAUCGAAGGAUUUGCACUUGAACCAGAAGUGUUUUACUGUUCAUGAAGCGAAUGGGACAUAUGAAUGUUGUGGCAAAAUACCUGAUGAUUUAUUCGAAGCAGACGAAAAUCCAAUUGCAAUCAAAUCAGAGUACGAAGAUGGCGAUGAGCAGCAUCUCCUGCAAACAACGAAUGAUAGUCUGAAUCAUGAACAGGAUAACCUCAAGAGCCAAAGCAAAAAACGAAAGUACGACUGUUCUCAUUGUUCAUCAAGUUUCGCAAACUUAUCUAGCCUAAAGGUUCAUAUCCGCACUCACACCGGCGAAAGGCCUUAUGUGUGUAAAGUCUGUGACAAAACGUUCACAUCAUCAAAAACUCUGCUACAACAUUCGAAAAUUCACAAUAAGGACCAACAACAUCAGUGUCCUUAUUGUCCAUCAAUGUUCGCACAGUCAUAUAACCUAAAGGUACACAUCCGCGCUCAUAUGGGCGAAAGGCCUUAUGUGUGUAAAGUCUGUCACAAAGCGUUCAGAUCACCACACAGUCUGCUAGAACAUUCGAAAAUUCACAAUAAGGAGCAACAUCAUCAGUGUCCUCAUUGCUCUUCAAGGUUUCCAUGGUUAGCUAGCCUAAAGGUUCAUAUCCGCACUCACACCGGCGAAAGGCCUUAUGUGUGUAAAGUCUGUUACAAAGCGUUCAGAUCACCAAACAGUCUGUUUUCUCAGUGCACCAACGUGGAAGAGAUGCCGGUCGUCCGCGAUCAACACAUCUCGAAUCAGGUCUAG